AUGGGUAUUGAAAAAGAAAUCAUCAAGGAAGGCAAUGGUAUGAAACCAAUCAAAGGAAAUAUGGUUCAACUCCACUAUACAGGAAGACUUGCAUCAAAUAACAAUGUCUUUGAUACCUCUGUCAAGAAGGGCAUUCCAUUCCAGUUCAAGUUGGGCCAUGGAAAGGUUAUUAAAGCUAACAUGAGCAGAGGAGAAAAGUGUAGAGUUACCAUCACCCCAGAUCGUAUGUUUACAAUGACAUUUGCAUACGCACAACGUACGAAUAUCCCUGGUAUUCCACCAAACUCUACCUUGAUCUUUGAUAUGGAACUUGUUGGUUGGACCCAAUAA